AUGAAGUAUGCAGCGGCACACAUUAUUAAUCCUACGGCGACGGAUCCAAUUGCUAUUCCUGCUAUCUGUCCACCGGUGAGACCAAAUUGCGUUCGACACCCGUGGGAGAACAGCGUCGACCUACGCGAAGUCAAUGAGGAAGUAACGGAUGUUGUUGCAUCAUUAGUCGGGCUACUCGUCGUUUGGGACUUGGACCCUGCAGAAGGAAACGAGGAGCUCGAUGCGGCUGGUGUUACCUCCGUUGGACCGCUCGCUGUGAUCAUGAGGAGAGCCUGUCAGAACGAUUUCAUCUACAUGUCUUCUAGAGAAGAAAACAUACACGAAGAAAUUGGGCCUCCUCCAGAUCCAGUAGUUGUUGUUGCUAAAACAAAAAUUUUUUGA